AUGCGACAGAUAUACCAACGCAAUGCAAACGUGCAAAGAAGCGACUGGUAUCUGACCCUAUACGCUUCUACUUCAUAUGCACAUAACGUCCACUCUGAGAUCAACAAGAAAAAACACAGCUUCCGACGCCGUGUGAUGGGGCAUGCAUUCUCAGAUGCUGCUCUAAGGUCUUCAGAAGAGUUCAUCAUUGAAAACAUCAAAAUAUGCUGUGACCAAUUGAGCAAGACGGCCACGUCUCCCGAGAAAUGGGGAACUCCUCAGAAUAUGGACUACUGGUGUACAUACCUUAGCUACGACAUCAUGGGAGAUUUGGUAUUCAAUACGAAGUUCAACUGUCUUGUAAGCGAGGAAAGCAGAUAUGUUCCCGCUCUGCUCAUUGCAGCCACGCAAUUUCUAUACAAUCUCGGUUAUCUGCCAUUUGCAAAGUUUGUUCGACCUUUACUCGGAACCAAAAUAAUGGAAAUCCUGGGUGGAAACUUGGCACGGGAUGGAAAGCGUUAUAACGAGUACUGUGCCGAGCAGAUGAGCAAGCGUCUUCAGUCUACUGACGUGAACGAUCCUCGUUACCCUAAAAAGGAUCUAAUGCAUUAUUUAAUCGAUGCAAAGGACCCAGAAACUGGACAGGGGCUUACACGUGCAGAACUAGCUGCUGAGUCUAAUCUUCUGAUAGCAGCAGGAUCUGAUACAACAUCUACGGCCCUAUCUGGCGCUAUUUUCUACCUUAUUCACAAUCCGGAAUGCUUAGAGAAAACAAAGGCUGAGAUUCAAUCCACCUUCAGUACCGUUGAAGAAAUCCGAGGUGGCAGCAAGCUCAAUAGCCUUACUUACUUGCGGGCAGUUAUUGAUGAAUCCCUGAGACUUAGUCCCUCGAUACCAAGCAAUUUGAUGGUAGAAGUAUUACCGGGAGGGAUCACUGUCGAUGGAAAUCACAUCCCUGAAGGGACGACGCUUGGUGUCUCACCGUAUGUCCUUCAUCACAACACACAAUAUUUUCAGGAUCCUUUUGUUUUUCGGCCUGAACGGUGGAUUGGAACUGACAAAUCAUGCUUGGUGGUCUCUGAGGACAAUAAAAGCACAAUUGAAGACGCUGCCAAUGCACGGUAUGCCUUUUUCGCAUUUAGUGCAGGCUCCCGAGGCUGCUUGGGAAAGAAUUUAGCUUAUUUGGAACUUCUGAUGACACUCGCAACACUCAUCUUCAAGUUUGAUAUGCGGAGUCCUCCAGAUGAUGACGGGCAAAACGAUACUGGGACAACUCAUGGAAGGCAUCCAGGUCGAUGUAGAAAAGACGAAUAUCAGUUAAAGGAUCAUUUUGUGCCGGAGAAGCAAGGGCCAAUGGUCCAGUUUAGGGAGAGGGCCUAUAAGGUUCGGCCUGUGGGUGGUGUCUGA